UCUUUACAUCAGCGGGAUUCUUCUGGUCGGUGCCGUCCAGGUGUCAGUGACCUCCGUCAGUGCGUGGGAGCACCACCUGCGGGGCAGCAUGAACACACUGUGUCGCGGUCUGCAGCAACACUAACCUCCUCUGGACGGUGGGUGACAUUUGGACCAGCUGCAGCAUCUCUCAUCUCCUCCGUCCUGCCUGCCUCCGUCAAGUCGGCUCCAGGUCACACAGGAAAAACAUCGACUCCAGCCUCCAGGUUCUGCCGCGAGCGGGACAAAACGGUCCUUUCCACCCUGGAAUUCAUCAGACCCCUCUUGUUCUGGGACAGGAAGGACCCGGCCACCCUGGACCACGUUAAACCAUGCUGGUACUGGGACAAAAAGGACUUGGCCCACACUCCAUCCCAGUCGGAGGGACUGGACCCUGCCACUGAGGCCCGGUACCGCAGGGAGGGGGCUCGCUUCAUCUUUGAUGUGGGCACACGGCUCGGCCUGCACUAUGACACACUGGCUACUGGCAUCGUAUACUUCCACCGCUUCUACAUGUUCCACUCCUUCAAGCAGUUUCCAAGAUAUGUGACAGGAGGAUGCUGCCUUUUCCUCGCUGGCAAAGUGGAGGAAACUCCAAAGAAGUGCAAAGACAUCAUCAAGACGGCUCGCAGCCUGCUCAAUGACGUCCAGUUUGCACAGUUUGGAGACGAUCCCAAGGAGGAGGUGAUGGUGUUGGAACGAAUCCUGCUGCAGACCAUCAAGUUUGACCUGCAGGUCGAUCAUCCCUACCAGUUCCUGCUGCGCUAUGCCAAGCAGCUCAAAGGUGACAAGAGCAAGGUGCAGAAGCUGGUUCAGAUGGCCUGGACCUUUGUUAACGACAGCCUCUGCACCAUGGUGGCCCUGCAGUGGGAGCCACAGAUCAUAGCGGUGGCUGUCAUGUAUCUGGCUGGACGGCUCUGCAAGUUUGACAUCCAGGACUGGACCUCCAAGCAGUCAUCCCGGCGCUGGUGGGAGCAGUUUGUUCACGACGUUCCUGUGGAGGUGCUGGAAGAUAUCUGCCACCAAAUCCUGGACUUGUAUUCUCAGGCUAAGCAGCCGAUGCCUGAAGGGGGUAUAGGGAUCGGGGAGACCCUCCCCCCACCUUCCAUCCUGUCCCUCUCAGCACCACCACUGGGAAAGAGGGCUUCCCCUCAGACCAGCCCCAGACCACCCAGACCAGCCCAGCCUUCUCCCAAAGAUGACAACAAGGCCACUAAGCUCAACAGUCUAGAACCUCCUCCACCUCCUCCUCCUCCUCCCCCUCCCCCACCAGUCUCCAUAAACCCCGAACCCGUACCCCCCUCCUCCUACCCACCAACCCCAGAACUGUCCUCUAAACCCCCGCCUCCACCUUUACCUCAUUGCCCACCACCCCCACCUCCUCUACCCAUGGACCUACCCCCUGCUAGCUCCUUGGUGUCCAGUGAAGGCUACCAGAAGCUCCAAUCAAUGAUAAAGACAGAGGGCUCCUGUUACACCGCUGUGCACCAGGCCGGUGUCCCACCACUGGGCUACCACCACUACCCCACAGGCCCGACUUCCUACCACACUCUCCCACUCUCGGCCUAUAGCUACCUGCUCGCACCUCCGCCCCCCUCAGUCAUGGGGCUGGCACCUGGUUUGAGUGGGGGGUACCCGCCACAGUCUGCUGCUGGACACAAUCAGCUACCGCCUCCGCUGCCCCCCGGGAUACCCCCGGUAAGCGGGCUGAGUCGGGGUACGUGGAUGAGAUGAGAAACCAUUAAAAGAGCAAAAGGUUCAGAAAAGUUAAAAAAAAUAAAAAAUAAAAUGUGCACAACAGGUAACUUUAACGAUCUGAACAGUUUCACAUUUGAAGAUGCAGGAAAACUUCCAGUGCUCACAGUUCUUCAGAGCUUUAUUAGCUGAUGAUCAUGGAGCAGAUAGGAAAGUAAGUUAUGCUAAUUUGAGCCAAUUUCAUGACUUGUUCCCGUUCUGCAAAGCUGUGCUUUUAUAAAAAUGAAAAGUUCACCUGACAGUUUGUUAAAUGACUGUUGACAUAUUUUAAGGUGAGCCAUAUUCUCAUCUGUUGUAUUUAUUACUGACUCGUGUCCUAUUUAAUGUCCCACAUGGCAUCCAACCUUCUGCUGUCAUUCCACUGAUGAUGAGAUAUUUUAGUGUUUAAUGCACAUGUGGAGCUGCACACUGUUUUCUUUUUAAUGGCCUUUUAAAGAGGACUCAGCACUGUAAAAGGCAGCAUCUUCACUGCGUCCCGUCCGUUAUGUUCUGUCUCCGUAAAGCACUUUGCGUUUGAGAAUGAUGGAGUCCAGUGUUAUUGAACAGGUUUAUCACAGUGUUGUUGUUCGAUUGUUUUUUUUGUUUUUUUUUUCCUGUCAGGAUCUUAAAAUAGUUUGGUGCCGACCAAAGCUGGCACCCUCGAAGCGCUUUGGAUGUUUACUUUUUUUACUGUAAGAAUGUAAUAAACCUAAAAAUAAAAGUGCGUUGCUAAAAUUG